GGAUGUUAUUUUGGAUCUGUACAUUAAUCAUAGUUCUUCAAUCAAUUCCCUGCAGAUACUGUCCUAGUACAUAAGUUUUAAGCAGAGUAACCAAGAGAUAUGAACAGUUUUCAGGGCCCUUAUGCUUGAUGGACUUCUCGCUUAACAGCUGUGACAAGAAAACUUUAAAGAGGAGGUUCUUCAUUGAUAAAAGGGUUGGCUAAUUAGAAUAUCUGAGAUUGAACAUUAAGAUUUGCUUUGUUGCUCGAGUGGAAAGUUUGCUAAGGAAUCUGUUAGCUUUUACGUUAUAAGUAGUAAUUCAAAGCUGGAACAAAUGGACCUGAAACCCAAUCCCACUGCUCCUGUUCUUGCUGAUCCUGUAACGAUAAGCAAGUCAAGAUUAGUAGUACCUUCUGGUCUGUUGCCAUGCUCACCCCCGGCAUCGGUGUUUUCUCCAAAUCUAUUAACUGCUCCUAGGAAAAAAGCUGGUAUUCUUGAUGAUGUUCGUGCCAGCAGCUGGCUGGAUGCUAUGAAAUCCUCAUCCCCACGUCAUAAAAUAACCAUGGAUUACAACCAUGAGCUUGUAUCGGCUGAUACGGAUGUUGCAUAUCACACAUGGAUGGUAAAGUAUCCCUCUGCACUCACAUCUUUUGCGCAAAUUACAAAUUUUGCUGAAGGCAAGAGGAUAGCAUUGUUUUUGGAUUAUGACGGGACGCUUUCACCUAUUGUGGACAAUCCGGAUCUUGCCUUUAUGUCUAUUGAUAUGCGAGCUGCUGUAGAAAAAGUGGCAAAAUACUUCCCGACAGCUAUAAUUAGUGGAAGAAGCCGUGACAAGGUAUAUGAGUUUGUCGGACUAACAGAUCUCUAUUACGCCGGAAGUCAUGGAAUGGAUAUCAUGGGUCCUGUUAGGCAAUCUUCUGAUGACGCUCCUAACUGCAUCAUAUCUACUGAUAAGCAGGGUAAGGAAGUAAACUUGUUCCAGCCUGCUAGGGAACUUCUACCGACGAUCGAGGAGGUUUUUAACUCACUUGUCAAAAGCACCAAAGAAAUAAAAGGAGCGAAAGUUGAAAACAACAAGUUCUGUGUCUCUGUUCAUUACCGAAAUGUAGAUGAGAAGAACUGGAACACAGUCGCACAGUGUGUCCAUGAUGUCAUCAGAAACUACCCUUGUCUACGAUUGAGUCAUGGGCGGAAGGUUUUAGAAGCUCGGCCUGUGAUCGACUGGGAUAAGGGGAAAGCUGUUACAUUUCUACUUGAAUCACUUGGGCUCAGUGAUUGUGACGAUGUGCUUCCCAUCUACGUCGGAGAUGACCGGACGGAUGAAGAUGCAUUUAAGGUUCUGAGAGAGGGAAACUGCGGAUACGGCAUUUUAGUGUCUUCCGUGCCCAAGGAGAGUAAUGCAUUUUUCUCCCUUAGGGACCCUCAAGAGGUCAUGGAGUUUCUUAAAUCACUGGUGACGUGGCAGAAGAAGAAAAGUGCUCUCUGAAUACAAGAAGUAACAUGGUGAAGGAAAAUACGCUGAUACGAAGAUAGACCAUUAUAUCCUAUAGUU